ACCGCGCUGGUCUCCAUGGCGACGGCGGGAUGCCGCGAACGGCUUCUGGGUGGAGCCGGCGCCUCGGCCGAUUGGACCCAGCUCGGCGCGGAAUCAGUGAAUUGCCCGCGGCCGGAGGGUGCAAGCUCCCGGACUGACUGGCCCUGCCCUGCUCCAUGGACGACUGGGCACCUCGCUGCCCCCGCUGCUGCCCACUCUGCGACUGUGCCUGUACGUGCCAGCUUCCCGACUGCCAGAGCCUCAACUGUCUCUGCUUCGAGAUCAAGCUCCGAUGAGGACCGUGUCCUGCCCUCUGGGGAGCGGCCAGCCCCCAGGGCCCAUGUGCCCUCCUUCUUGAGGGACCUCAGAAGGACACUUUCUCCAGGCCACUGGAACCACAAAUGGCCUGCCCAGCACCCAGGCCUGGGAACUCAAAGUGGCUGUGCAGGGCCUGGCUCCCUGAGGGGCAGGACUCUUGACGAGCUGGACGGCAGCUCCUCUGGAGGGCCAGAAGAGGGGCUAGUGCUCCAGCAGAUCCCUAGCCAGAGAUUUAUUUCUCUUGACAACCAAGAGCCUCUGUCUGGAUUUCCAAGGAAGAUAUUUCCUUUGAAGCACCGGCAAGGUGACCCCAUGGCAAGGCGCAAGCCAGAAGGGUCCAGCUUCAACAUGACCCACCUGUCCAUGGCUAUGGCCUUUUCCUUUCCCCCAGUUGCCAGUGGGCAACUCCACCCUCAGCUGGGCAACACCCAGCACCAGACAGAGUUAGGAAAGGAACUUGCUACCACCAGCACCAUGCCCUACCAAUAUCCAGCGCUGACCCCGGAGCAGAAGAAGGAGCUGUCUGACAUCGCUCACCGCAUCGUUGCCCCGGGCAAGGGCAUCCUGGCUGCAGAUGAGUCCACUGGGAGCAUUGCCAAGCGGCUGCAGUCCAUUGGCACUGAGAACACCGAGGAGAACCGGCGCUUCUACCGUCAGCUGCUGCUGACAGCUGAUGACCGGGUGAACCCCUGCAUCGGGGGCGUCAUCCUCUUCCACGAGACACUCUACCAGAAGGCGGAUGAUGGGCGUCCCUUCCCCCAAGUUAUCAAAUCCAAGGGCGGUGUUGUGGGCAUCAAGGUAGACAAGGGCGUGGUCCCCCUGGCAGGGACAAAUGGUGAGACCACCACCCAAGGGCUGGAUGGGCUGUCCGAGCGCUGUGCUCAGUACAAGAAGGAUGGCGCUGACUUCGCCAAGUGGCGUUGUGUGCUGAAGAUUGGGGAGCACACCCCCUCGGCCCUCGCCAUCAUGGAAAAUGCCAACGUCCUGGCCCGUUACGCCAGCAUCUGUCAGCAGAAUGGCAUCGUACCCAUCGUGGAACCUGAAAUCCUCCCUGAUGGGGACCAUGACUUGAAGCGCUGUCAGUAUGUGACCGAGAAGGUGCUGGCUGCUGUCUACAAGGCUCUGAGCGACCACCACAUCUACCUGGAAGGCACCUUGCUGAAGCCCAACAUGGUUACCCCAGGCCACGCCUGCACUCAGAAGUUUUCUCACGAGGAGAUUGCCAUGGCAACUGUCACAGCGCUGCGCCGCACAGUUCCCCCCGCUGUCCCUGGGAUCACCUUCCUUUCUGGAGGCCAGAGUGAGGAGGAGGCAUCCAUCAACCUGAACGCCAUCAACAAGUGCCCCCUGCUGAAGCCCUGGGCCCUGACCUUUUCCUACGGCCGAGCCCUGCAGGCCUCUGCCCUGAAGGCCUGGGGUGGGAAGAAGGAAAACAAGAAGGCGGCGCAGGAGGAGUACAUCAAGCGCGCCCUGGCCAACAGCCUCGCCUGUCAAGGAAAGUACACCCCAAGUGGUCAGGCUGGGGCUGCUGCCAGCGAGUCCCUCUUCAUCUCUAACCACGCCUACUAAGCGGAGGUGUUCCCAGGCAGCCCCCAACACUCCAGGCCCCGCCCCCUCCCACACGCUCUUGAAGAGGGGGCCUUCGACUCCGGGGUUCCAGGCUGGCUUGCCCACGCUCUUGCCUCCCUUGUGACAGUGCUGUGUGAUGUCGUCUGUGAAUGCUAACUCCAUCGCCCUUUCCAGCACACUGCCAAUAAACAGCUAUUUAAGGGGGAGUCUGCCA